UGCCCCUGGGUGUAAUGUGUACAGUUAUACAACCCUAAAUGUAGAAAAACACUGAACAUCCUCCUUAAAUGAUCGUCUGUCGGCUUAUACAACGUGAAAAAGAGGGUGUUUCUUUGUGCAUGACUCAUUAUGGAGAUAUAGAUGCUAAAUAAUUUGGGAAUUGGCGUGCAUGUCCCAAAAAACCCGGGCGGGGAAGCGAAAUGAAACAAACAACGAUGGGGGAAGUUUGCAAAGAGAAGAACUCAGAGUCAUGGCUUUCUGUCAUUUGGCGAAUCUGCAACCUUUUCAUGUCUGUGUUCUUCGCUCUUGCAACAUAUGUUCAGAUUAACGACCCAGACGCAGGGUUGUGGAUGGUUGGUUAUGGCGUUCCCGCAGUCCUGUGUGCAAGCAUUGGAUUGAACCCCCAUGUGACAGAAACGUUGCCAUGGAGGCGUAUUGCAGAUCUCCAUGUGAUGAUUUCCACUGCUGUGGUUGCCAUAUUGGGAUGGAGACUUUGUAAAGAGCGAACCACAGAUAUCUUCCAGGAGGAGGAGGGCAGAGAAUUUUCUGGUCUCAUGCUGACACUUGUUUGGCUUCUCCUUUGUCGCCACUCUGGAAGGUCUCCGGUGGGGAUGUUCAGAGUCUCCACGGCAACUGCCAUCACAGUGUUCCCCUUUGUGGCCUGGCUUUACUAUUACAUCAAUACAGAGCUGAGAGCAAACUGGCCUUCACACUGUAAAACUGCUAUUUAAACAUCAACUACUGUUCCUUUUGUUAUGUUCUCUGACUGAAAACCCUGGACCAACGAUGCUGCUCAAGUUAACAUUUUUUAGUAGCAUUAAAUACAAACAUAUGACAGUUGAGCUGUCAUAAAGUAUUUUUCAUCAAAGUAUUUUUCAUCAAAUGUUGACCUACUGUUUUUCUCUAUAAAGUGCAAUUGAUUGUGGAAUGUUCAUUGUUUUUUCUGUCAAUUGAAGUAUAAAUAAUAUGCAAUAAAAUAAAAAGUGAAUCA